AUGGCCGAUCGAGAGAUCUCUUCCGGCUCGGUGAUCAGCCUCACCGACGGACGCCAGGCCACCGUUCGCUUCCUCGGCGCCACGCACUUCGCGCCCGGAGAAUGGGUUGGCGUCGAAUUGAAUGAAGCAACCGGCAAGAACGAUGGAUCUGUGCAAGGACAACGCUACUUUGACUGCGACCCGGGCUUCGGCAUGUUUGUGCGUUCCACGGCCAUCGCAUCUAUGAUUCAACAGCCCGCGCGGGAGAGUAAACAAACCGCCAGACCCGGCACCGGUCCUGCAGGACCCAGAUCCGCAGGCUUGAAGAGGCAGAGUGGACUUCCUGCUACAGGAAUUAAGCGUCAGAGUACUGGUCUAGCUUCGACUCCCACUCCCGCCCAGAGAGUUGGAGCCCCCCGUUCGUCCCUGAGGUCCCCUACAAAGUCACCGACAAAGCAACUUUCAGGAUCCUCCGCGCCCUCCAGUCGCUCCUCGACCAGCGCUGCCGCUCGCACCUCUACCGUGGCGCCCACUCGUCCACGACCAACCAGCGCUGUCAGGUCCUCAAUGGGUCCCUCAACAUCUCAAUCUGCUGUCUCCAAACCAGCGCGACCGUCAGCUGUCGGGACGGCGACUCGGACGACACGGCCUGGCUCCCAAAGCACAUUGGCAAGCUCUGCGGCAGCUAAGCGUACUUCCCUGCGGCAGACUGCUGCUGCAAAGGCAUCAGAUGGCCCGGAUACUGGAACGAGUGGACAGUCCGAAGAUGCGACUGAUGCGGAAUCGCUUGACACCGAUGGGGAUGCGCCGCAAAACGAAGCUCCAGCACCAAAACCAGCUCGGCAGUCUUUGACUGCCGCACGUCCGGCUGGUGCAAGGGCAGGCAUGACAUCUUCGACAUCACAACGCCAGCUGUCGAGUGCCAACGUUUCUCGAGAACUUGAGGAACUCCAAACAAAGCUUCGGGUCAUGGAGAAGAAACGAGCGGAAGAUCGAGAGAAACUCAAGACCCUUGAACGACUCCAGUCUGAGCGCGACAAGUUCGAAUCCAUUAUUCAAAAGCUGCAGGCCAAGUAUCAACCCCAGCAGAUGGAGAUCACUGAGCUGCGUAAGAACCUUAAAGAAUCCGAAGGCAGGCUGGAGGAAGUUGAGCGCCUGCAGGCAGAACAUGAGUCUCUCAUGGAGAUGGCUUCUCUUGACCGAGAAAUGGCGGAGGAGACGGCCGAGGCAUUCAAACAUGAGUGUGAUGCCCUUCGCUCAAAGAUGGAAGAGCUUCAACUGGAGGUGGAAGUCCUUCGAGAGGAGAAUGAUGAGUAUGGUCAGGAGACGAGUCCGGAAGAUAGGUCUAGCCAUGGAUGGUUGCAGAUGGAAAAGACGAACGAACGUCUCCGCGAGGCACUUAUUCGCCUGCGAGAUAUGUCCCAGGCACAAGAAGCAGAACUCAAGGCCCAGGUCAAAGAACUGGAAGAGGACUUGGAAGAAUACUCCAGAGUGAAAUCGGAGUACGAAGCUACAAAGGAGAAACUGUUGGUGGCAGAGACCAAUGUGGACGACCUCAAACAGCAACUGGAGACCGCGCUCGGUGCGGAAGAGAUGAUCGAAGAAUUGGCAGACAAGAAUAUGUCCUACCAGGAGGAGAUCAAUGAACUCAAGGCUGCCAUCGAAGACUUGGAAGCACUCAAAGAAAUCAGUGAUGAACUGGAGUACACCCACAUCGAAACCGAGAAGCAGCUCCAGGAGGAGAUCGACUAUCGGGACGGCGUAUUUAGUGAACAAACCCGAAGGAUUGGACAGCAGGACGAAGUCAUCGAAGACCUUGAGUACACAUUGUCCCGUUUUCGGGAGCUGGUUACGAACCUGCAGAGCGAUUUGGAAGACAUGCGGGCCUCUCAGCAGAUUUCCGAAGCAGAGGCUACCGACCUUACGUCCCGUUCUCGAGCCAUGAUAGACUUGAACAUGAAGCUGCAGGCCUCCGUCUCAAAGUCACAGACCAAGUCUAUUAACAUGGAGCUGAACCGCAUGGAGGCAGAGGAAGCAUCGCAGCACCUGUCAAUCCUAAAGCUGUACCUUCCCGAAUACUUUGAGGGUGAGAAGAACUCUGUCCUGGCACUUUUGCGGUUCAAACGUGUCGGAUUCAAGUCCGCAAUGAUGAGCAGCACCAUCCGUGAACGCGUUUCGGAUCAGUCAGCAAUCUCGACGUACGAGGAAGUUUUUACGGCCCAUGAAGUCCUGGAACAUCUUCUUUGGAUCUCUGCCCUAUGCGACCAGUUCGUGAAUCACAUCACAGCUUGCUCGCCGGAGCAGUUUGGUGAAAUCAAGGCUGCCUUGUUUGAAAUGGAGCCAGUUGAGCGGACCUUAAAUUUCUGGAUCGAGAAUUUGAAGAAGAACGAAGUCAACAUGAAGAAGUUUGCAGUGGAGCUGCAACGGUCCAUUGCUUUACUCACGCAUCUGGCUGAGACGCUUCUUCCCUCGAACCCGGAAAUGUUCUCGGGCGAGUUGUGUAUGCGGGCAAACUUAUCCCAGUCAUAUCUCGAUCACGCGGCGGGGGCGAUCUCGCGCCUCAAGUCUCUCAUUCAAUCAAAACUUGGGACUCCGGAGGAGGGCAGCGAGGAGAUCUCCUUUGCUCUGAACAAGAUGGACGGCUUCGUGUCUCAAGCUCGCGGAUACAAAGUCGCCAUGGGCAAAAUCUCUCGGUCUCUUGACGAGCUUCGAUCAAGAUCACUUGCACUUUCUAAGGAGGCAGACGAACCUUUCAAGCUAACUGAAGAUGCCACUCGAGGGCUUUCGGAGUUCGCUCGACAACUCGGCGAGAAUAUUGUCGUUCUAACCAGCGAUGAAGGUCGCACCGAGCCAUUCACUUUGCAAGAAGUCUUGGAAAGCAUGUCACAGGUUUCCACGUCUUCUGUUCAGUCACCAGAGGCGUCAAGUGAAAAUAAUGAUACGUUGUCUUUGCUCGUCAACAGAUUGCGGGAGGUGGGCGGUCAAUUGGAGGAGCUGGAUGCCAUAUCGUCCGACCUGUCUCGAACAACUGAAUUUGAGAGAGGCGCGUUCCCUUGGAUUGCCCGUUCGGAAGAACUCAAAUCCAACAAAACGAUCUCCCCGGAUGCGGAUGAGGAGAUUCGCCGCCUCAAAAAUGAAGUCCAUGAGGUUUCUACCGCGCUUGGCGUGAAAGACAACAACAUCGAGGAGCAGACUAUCAAGAUCGAGCUCCUCGAAUCCAGAAUGAAGGAGGCAGGCAAGAAGGCUUCUAUGGUGAAAGAUCUCGAGGCAAAGAUCGAAGAGACCCGAAACGCGGGCGAUGAACUCGAGAAGACCGUCGAGCGUCAGAAGAAAGAACUGCAGACCGCCGAAGCCGAGCGAGACGAGUACAAGGUCCGACUGGAGCGUAUGAAGCGUGUUUCUGGAACGGCAGGUGUCACCACCACUAGCGACGGUGUUGUAAUCGACAGCGAGGCCUCCUUGGCCGCCAUGCAGGAGAACGAGACACUCCGCGCCGAAGUCCAAAGCCUCCAAUCGGCCGUGCGUUUCCUGCGCGAGGAGAACCGCCGCGCGAACAUGCUCGACCCGUACUCCGUUCAGCGCUCCACUGAACUCCACGCUUGGCUAGACGCACCGCUCAUCCGACCAAACCCAACCCCCGAACAAGAAAAGGCCCAGCGUACCGCCCUCGAGAGCCGUGAUGUCCUAACCCACCUCCUAAAGCUGACAAAGGAGUCCCGCGUCUGCGAUCUGAAAUCAACUCUCCUCCCAUCAUCAGCCAGUGGCGAGACUACCACAAGCGUUGCCAGGACUGCAUGGCGUCCAUCGAAAACCCGCCUCCGCUACCAGGUUUUGCAGCAACGCGAGAACUUCGAGCACUGGGCUGAAUGGCGCAAUGAUAUCGUCGACUACGAACGUGAACAGGAUCGUCUGGCGGCAGCUAAGCGGGAGCGCGCGUUGCGCCAGCGCGCCCCGAAGCAUGCGCACAAGGCUUCCGUCGAGUUUCCUCAGGGCCUGGGACAUGGCAUGAUGGGUGGCGCGUGGCGCAUGCUUGGGAUGGGUAAUGAUGAGGGCCGCAAGCCUGCUGCGCCUGGCUCGGGCGGCGUGGAGAUUGUAACUACGGACUGA